AUGAAGGAGGAAAUCAGUGUUCUUGGAUAUCUUAAUCCACUAAUAAAUGGAAUGAAAAGAAAAUUGAAUGAUGAUUUAAGCUUAUCAGACGAGACUUUGUUGGAUAGCGAUAACGAAGGUGAGGAGAAAGAUUCAUUCGAUCUGUUAUUUGGUGCUGCCAAACGGGGACCGAAGCCUAAAAAGUGCAAUAGUAAAACAUACGGUAAAAACACAGGGCACACACAUUUACACUUAAAGAUCAAACGACAUCGGCCAAGUAUAGCUGAUUACUUUGCAUCAGGAAGAAGGCACAAGCAGAAUUUAGCUGGCGAGCUUGGAUUUGAUUUAAAAACAGCGUUAAUAGAGGAUGAAGCACCAACAAGCAUGAGAACCUUGGAAGACUUAGUGGAGAAGGAGAAAAAUAUAGACGGUCUUCUGAAGGAUGAUGCUACCGAGGUUAGGAAUGCAAAAGAGAAGGAUCAACAGUUAAGGCAAUACAUUAAAGACAAUUUGGAUAAGACCUUUAUCAAUGAUCCGAUGAAUACUGAAUACAUACAAAAUCUUGAAAAAAAGCUAGAAAAUACUUAUGACAGCGAUGAGUUAUACGACUUUUACUUUGUGUUAUCUAGUGGAGCGUUUGGCUCAAAUCAAUUUACCAAGAAGUAUUAUGAGUUGAGGUCUCGGAUCGUACAUGGAAACAGAAUUUCCCUAAAAGAUACAGAAAUUACAUCAGCCUUGGGUUGUCUUUCAGAGGAGAUGCAGCCAAAUUGUGCGCUUCAGUAUCUCAACGUGAAUCCAAUACACCUUGAUGUACAAGAUUUGAAAACCUUUGUUAACAGUUUAGGUUGUGAGGAGCAAACAUUUGACAAGAAAGAUAAAAAAGUUAAAUUAAUGUUGAACAACAAGAAGAGUAUGGGCCCGCAGAUUUUGGUUGCUAUUAAAAUGUAUGUUUUAGCUCAUUGGAUAUUAAGUUGUAGUUUCAGCAGUGAACUACUAGAGGCAACAUUGUGCGACUUGAUUUAUUUGAUGGUUGAUGCACGCAUGAGUGGUACAACUAUAGAUGAAUCCACAAUUGUUAAUGGAUGUCGAAUGAAUGUGCUACAGGUAUUGACAUCAUCGUUUUUGGAGCUUUCAAAAAAAUGUGAGCGCAUCUUAGAAAUUAUCAAAAAGUGCUUAUUUGGAAGACCUUUUUUGUGGUUCAGAUUUAUAGACAACCUUGUGAUAUUCCCUGGAAUUGAUAUUCCAGACAGACAGGCCAUAAUUAACUUAAGAGCCAAUUGCUACAUGCUGUUUGUGAAUGAUAUGAGUUUUAAUGACACAACGGUAAAUAGUGAUAAACCAGAGCUGAAACCAAAACAAGACUAUUCACAUUUAUUGAAAACCAAAAAGGAUAUUUAUCAUCAUCUAGUAAAGCUAUUAAGAUAUUUACAGCAUUACAAGUUGCGAAGUGAUUUUUUAAAAAAUGGACCAUACGAAGAAGCAAAGAAAGUAAAUGAAACAAACUACCUUGAAAAUAGGGAGGCAUAUCGAAUUGCCAAAUUACGAAUGCUAUCACUCGAAAAGCUCUGCUUCUCAUAUAUUGAUUUCUUAAGAUACGGGGAAUCUAAGUUCGAGGAAAAAGAAAUACAGAAGAGGCUCCGGAAGUUGAAACGACAUUGUAUGGAGAUAAAACAUACCUAUUUCCACGAUUUUACAAAACUGGUCUGUCCAGAAAUAACAAAAAGCUUAUCGGCAAUAUCCUUCAUUUGCGAGCGCGCCCAAAGCGAAAUGGUAACAACUGAUCCAUUCUAA